UGAGCCUGUCUCUGAAUUCGACCCUGACAGCCCUGCUGGAUGGCGGAAAUCGAAAGGCAAAGUGAGACGGCUACGAUUGGGGUGAGGCUUGUUGCGGAAGGGAACUGUGGAACAUCAAAUACGUGCAUUCACAUGCACAGGUGCGGAGGCUACAUGUAGGCACUGGGGUUGCGGGCCACUACUCUGGUCUUGAUUCAAAGCCAGGAAAUGGUAAUAUACUCCUAAAUUCGAAUAGUCAGGGACCCUAGAUAAACCCCAUUGAUCGCAAGACUUUUGAAGGUCUAAACAUUGAACUUCUUCGGGUGAAAGGACAAGGCCAUCCGAUAUUAUCACCUGCCCACCUCGUAUCACUAUCAACUGGUCCUGUUUUGACAUCUGUCGUAUCAUUAUCGCACUCCCUGUCGGCGUGCGUUCAUCGUCAUCGGAAGAUGCCAUUUCCUCUAGGUCCUUCUCUGGCCUCUCGGCUGGACGAAGAUUUUCCGGCGUCCACCAGUACAAGGGGAACCUCCUUUGGAUGUUGUUUAGCAGAAGGGCUGUGGCCAGAAUAAGCGAAGAACUAAGCAUCACAAGAGGAAUCAGCAGCCAUCCCAGGCGUCUGGUUCCCGGAUCUAUGCAUGCCAUCAACGCAGUGGCUCCGGCAGGUGGAUGUAUCGUUUUGCUGAAUAUCAUGGCCGCAACAGCGACUGCACAUGCCACCGGCCCACCAAGCCAGAACCAAGAUUCUGCAUGAGGAUGCAAGGCAAACAAUUUCGCGAUCCCGGCCCCUAUGACUGAUGCGAUUAUUUGGCCUAGAAAAGCAUUUCGAGGUUGUGCGAGUGGGGAAUCUAUGGAGCAGUAUUCAAGUACGGCAGUAGCACCCUGUUGAUAAACUGGUUAACACUUCACUAUUGACAAAGCAAGCAAGAGAUCAAACAAAGAAAUCAAAUCAAGAGGGAAUAUGACAGCGUCUUUUGCCCGAACCAAUGGGUACUAUGAAAGGAUCUGGAAUGGGACUAGAAGGACAAUUCUUGAUGUUAUUCGGACGGGUCGUCGACUCACGAAGCUGCUAAUCAUGGUAAAAGAACCAUGUGCUUGGAAACGGGGAAUAUUUUUUGUUACUGCAGCAACAAUGGCCAGCCCGCAGAACACACCAACAAUGGACCAGAGCAUGACCAGAACAUUGCCGGGUUUUUUUGGUGGUUGUGUCCUAUGACCUAAGAAAUGGGCCACCGGGCGGGGUAUAAGAUGCCAUCGAGGAUAGGGAACAUAACGAUUGAGAAGCCUGUCAAUAUCCAGGUCACAAUCGUACAAGCCGGGCAUCGGUAUAUCCAGUCUUCAGAAUGAGUGGAAGCGUUGAGAUGAUUAAAAGAGAGUAGAAGAGAAUCAUUCAAGGAGAAGGAAGAAAAAAAUAUAAGGAAAAAAUACGGAAAGACGGCAUGAAAGUCCCGGAUCACCAUGCAACUGUUGGGGAGGGGUCAAACAGUUUCUAUAUAUAUAUAGAGUCUAUGGGAACUCGAGGAGGGGAAGAUGAAACAGAAUAGAAAAAAAAAAAAAAAAAAAGAUAAAAAUGCCUAGGGCGUGAAGCCGUUGAGCUGAGUCAGAACGAUAAUAGAACGAUAACUACAGGCCGCCUCAGCACCAGCGGAUUACGACAUGACAUGCCGGAUUUGAAGAUUCACGGUCAACAUAAUAAUAGCGGGUGAAAAAAUUUCCCCCCUCUGACAUGUUUAUUCCGCUUGGUUCGAUGGGCGGUUUCUCCGCGGAUUGCACGGUGCAACGGCAGUGUCAGGAAAGACUGAAAUAAUAAUAAUAAUCCUCUGGCCCCAGGCAACGGGGGACCCAUUCUUUUUUGCUUGUGUUUUUUGCGGCAGCUUGGUGAUUUUCUCAUGGCCAUUUGGGGCAGAAGAGACCGCCGUACCUGCCAAGCUUCGGAGGGUGGCGUCGCGUGAGUCCCGUGACCUGGAACAUCCCAGCCAUUGCUUCAAAUCCGCCAACCAGAGCGCGUUGAUUGGGUUCGUUCGGCCCGCGGUCGGUCGAAGACCGCAAAUAGUCUAGCGGUGUUGUCGCCAUCGUGGCCAGACACAGGCGAAGACGACGUGAUUCUCGCCCAGCUUCGUCCGUAUUACCAAUGCCGGAACCAUUCUGCGGCUGGCAAACCUUCCGAAUUGCGUGCAUUGUCAGAGCUGAGAGAUAUCGCACAGGCAAAACUACAGCCUACAGGAGUGGAAGGUAUACUGCCACAUAUGCUUGUCAAUAUGUAACAGAAACAGAUAACGCCCAAAGAUAUCGGAUUUAUCGCCUUCUAUCGGUUCUCUCGGAUGUUCGGUUGAUAUCCGCCCUUCAAAAGAUGGAACAUCACGUGAUAUAAAUAUUUUUGGAGGUUUCCCUUUCUUGGCUCCAGCCGCCAGAGCUUGAGUUUGUGCAACUUUUUCCAGAUUCAAGCUUUUUAUUUCACCGGCUGUGUUGUUCAGGUCAGUGCAACCGGAACUCGGAUGGUGAAACUGAUUGAGGGAGCUGGGAAAAAGUGGAUUACACCGUGAUAUACUCCACGCAUGGUUUUGCCCAAAUGAAUAACUGUAAUCCGAUGACCUACAUAUAUCGCUGCUAUCUCAAGCGGAUGAUGAAGACUCUUUGGAAGUCUAGGUUUGAGAUUAGAUAGGUGCAGCAAUGACGCAAAUGCUCAUCCCCGGGGUGUUUGUUCGUUUUCCUCAUUUUUCCUCAUUUCUCCCGUGUUUCCUCGGGCAAGACGGAAUAAUGAACUUUGAGAUCUAUGGUUGCAAGGCACCUUGUGGAACGAAGAUAUCUAUCUAGACUUGCGGAAAAUAAAUUUCUUGAACUUUCAGCCCAUUUUAUAAUGUUGGAUAUGCCAAUAGCUGCUAUAUAUCGUGACACUCCUCUCCGUUAGUUAUUAUAUAGUUUUCUUUUUGCUUUUUUCCUUUUGGGAGGGUGGGGUUGGGUUGGGGCGGGGAGGAUCAUUGUCACAAAUCAUUUCCUCUAACUUAUUGAGAUAUAGUCUGAUCCUCUCUUAGCUGUUUACAAACGCUGAGCUGGUCAGCUCGCCUCUGAUGCAGUAUCGUUAUCUUCUGUACACAUGUAACCCUCGUUAUUCAUUGUUUAACGCGUUUAUAAAGUCCUGCCUGCUUGAUUCUUCUUGAGCCCUGUUUUGUCGGUGGGUCAAUCUCAUGGUCCUCAAGCUAGCAACCAGCACCACCAAACUCGACACAAUAUGUCCAUCACAGAUGUGAAAACAUUGAGAUUGAGACAUGGGUUUCUCCGGUUCGUCACGGCAGUAAUAGAACCACCACCCAGAUACGUUCGACUGUGCGAGAAUGUUGAUAGCAGGCUUCUAUCUAGCGGUCUGUGAGGUUUUGUAAAGCACGAUUCGUCAUUUCUCAUACGUGGUGAAUAAGGGUCUCUAACAUCAUGGCAAGCUGACCGCUUGAUGGGUGAGAGAACUGUGCAACAAGCGAAGGAAAAUUCAGCUCUGUUUCUCCCGAUUAUCGCAAACGGAGCCAAAGCGCCUCCCAUGUGAAGUUCACGAAUCAUGCUCUCUCGCUCACUAACUCAAUAUCGAAGUGUGGACGACAUUGCAUACCCCUCCGGUCUAACUACGGCAGCCUAUAGUGACAUUUUGGUCAAAUACGUAUUUUAUAUAGUAGUGUUGAUGAUACUGAUUGCAUUAAUACGCUGCGUAAUCAAGGUCUUCUCAUUGGAGGUUAUGAAAUAGAGCCUUACAUUGAAAGAUGGCUCUAGACCUAAGGGGCCUACUAGAUACCCAGAGAGUCUCUAUAUCCUGGAGUCUCUAUCCCCAAGCCCUCUAUACUCAGGGAUCUCUAUACCUGUGGGUCUCUCUAUACCGAGUACACGGAUUCUAUAUAGGCUGCCAGACUAACCCACUCAGUCUGGAUAUGAAUAAGCCAAUUAACUAUCCGCUCGGAAAUCAGUUUUUCGAACAGAGGAUGCGUGAACUGAAGGAUUUUGAAGAACCCGUCGCUAGGCUAGCCGUUGGCCCCUAAUUUCAGGCCCGAAAAACGGUUGUUGGGGGGCCCAGAUAAAGAAGAAGCUUUGCACGAUUUGGAAGCGCUAAUUUGGUGCGAGUUUUCUCCUUCGUGAGAACCUUAUCAUGUGAGGACAAAUAUCCUUUGCCGGAUGGAAGCUCUAGGAGUCUAGGGACGGGAACAGAGCUUAGCGGAAUUAGUCCAAGAAUUCGUCUCGUAUUCAGAUGCCGCCUUAAAAGUCUUGGAAAUAAUUAGGCGCAAUCCUUCCGGCAGUGAGGAGAAUCCCACAGGAAUGAGGCUGAUGCCAGGAUCCGUCGUUGAUAAACGCGUCUCUUCCCACAGCAGUGCCAUCCAUGGCUUCAAAAUACAUUCGAAGAGGGUGCUGGAUGAUGGAGACGUCGUGAACUGUGACGGUCCUACAAGCAGAUGAGAAAGUUAUCUAUAAUUCAAGAUCCCUCAGGUUUUGAGCGAAGGAUGAGCCUACAGAGUACGCUGAGGAAAUGGUUGGUGAUCCGCAAGACAAGAGGCAGAGAUCCACUAGUGAGAGUGUCAAGCGAUUUAAACCUGCAGGUCUAAUCCGUGAGAUAUCGUUCAAAUGGUCCCUGAAAGCCCCUGGUUCCUGCUCCAUCCUUCCCCGUUUCCCCCUUCUUGUGAACCUAAGCCCCUUCAAGAGUGAAAAUCGAGGCGGGCUACGGCAAAUCAUCCUUCGUCGAGACUCUACAAGGCCCGACUCUUUGUUGGCCUAAAGAUGGCGCGCUAUGUGCGCAGACUAACCGGUUGCAUUUGGGCAACGGGCGCCCUCAAUUUUUUAUUUUUUAUUUUUAAAAAGGAGCCUUCGUCUGUGUUGACAUGUCGAGCAUAUCGCAGCUCUCUUGACUUUUCUUGCGCAUCACCGGGAAAGGCCCUUUUAGAUUCCCCCGCGCAAUUUAACAUACACAAUCCGAUAUUUUCCACUUUUCCAAACGAUCGCCCGAAAGAUUAGUUGGGAGCUGGGAAGACGGUGAAAAAAGGAAAUUAUAAAAUGGGUCAAAAAACCCCAAUCGUCUCUCUUUUCCUCCUCCUCCUCCUCCUGCUGUCUCUCACUGUUUCCGCCGCCGACAACAUCACAGAUAACACCUCAUGCCCCCCAAACGAAGACAUCGUGUACUCCCCCUUCAAACCAUGGUUCCACUUCUACAGCGGCAGCAACCAACUCUGCUGGAUCACAUCUAUAUGCGCACUUGAAUCUGCCGACGAGGCGCGCAAACAGCAAUUUGGCGCCACUGCGCUAAUCAUGGGUUUAAUCCCACUGACGCUCAAGGAUGUCGCUUGGCCUGAGCGACGAAUUGCACUCGUGUCCGCUCCCUUGCCCUUUGCUGCCGCGGUCAUCGUUCGCGCUCUGGGACUUGAGCCGACGGUCGUAGGUGAUCUUGACGGCGUUCAUGUGCAGAGAUACCUACAGUGGAUGGAAGGGGCCAUGUUCGCCAAUGUCGGGUUGCGCCCGAGCAUUUGGACGACUGUCCGCGUGGCCGCUAGCUUUUUGCUUCUGGUGGUAUCGUAUGGGGUGUUGGCAGUUGUGGAAAUAUACUCCAAGCGCAGCUCGCUGGGCUGUCCAUACCCCGUGUUUGCAGUUACUUGGUGCAUCGCUGGUGUAUUCCCGGCAUUUGUACAUGCCUUGUUUGCGAUGCGACGGACACAGGUGAAGGGCGGGUCUGAUUCGUUGACAACUGGUAGUGUCUCCGCGGUACAAGGUGCAGAUGAAGCUUGGCCUGUCCAACUGGCUUGGGGCAUCUACUAUGUCGCCGGUACCCUUGUAUUCACGUCGAUAAUGGCGGUGACAGUUGUCGAGCUUACCGUGUGGGUGUUUGUGCAGACUGCAGUGACGGCGGCUAGCAAGGUGUUUGCUCUAUAUCUGUGCCUGUUGCUGCGGAACCCCGACGCUGCCGCACGCCAAAUCCGGAGUGAUGAAGAGUGAUUUUGGGUCAGCCUAUUGAGGUUAGAGGCUGCAAGAUCACACUGAAUCUUGGCGAGCAGGGAAGAUUCAACUGUGCAACCUUGGAUCGUAUAUUGUGGAAGCACCAAGUACUCUUCAUGAAUGCCCUCUGUCCUCGUCUUAAAUCAACAUCCGGCCGUUCGACCCUUAUGAGACCCGACACAUAUACACGCCAUUUCUCUUGUUCAAAUUUUAGCAUUUAUUUUAUUUAGGAGGGGGAUACCGGAGUUCUAUUUUGUGUACCUGAUGACGAGAUGGUUGUUUUGAGAUUAAGCUUGUUGCCAGUCUACUUGUUCUUCUAUUCAAACUCGACCACACCUUUUCGCCUUUCAAUGUCACUUGAGCUUUUACGCGUGGCAAACGAUAGAUACAUAGCUAUCCUUGUAAUUAAAUGAUUACUUACUUCGUAAAUCCCUUUUUGUGAAGAGUUUGUAGAAAACACUCCUGCUCCUACGCUCCUAUGUCUGAACCAGAGAACACAAGUCAACCAACACUCAUUUCGUUCUUAUAUGCAACCCAUGAGCUAUUU